CAUCUAGUGGCUGCUAGAUAGUACUGCAACGUGUCAUUGAAAAGCCGAGAGAAUACGGACUCCAUUUUGUGUCCUUCUCGCUGUUUUGAAGAGGCAGUAAGCAGCAAGACAAUCCCUCCGAAGGAAAAAAAAAAAACCAACAAAGACAUCCUACAGCCAGAAUGAGUGGCUGCCGCAUAUUCGUCGGCCGGUUGAACCCGUCCGCCAGAGAGAAGGACGUGGAGAGAUUCUUCAAAGGAUACGGCCGCAUCCGAGACAUCGACCUGAAGAGGGGCUUUGGUUUUGUGGAGUUUGAUGAUCCUAGGGAUGCUGAGGAUGCAGUUUAUGAGUUGGACGGCAAGGAGCUCUGCAAUGAGAGGGUGACAAUUGAGCAUGCUCGUGUGCGCCUGCGUGGUGGGCGGGGACGUGGUGGUGACAGAGGAGGAGGUGGAGGAGGAGGAGGAGGCCGCUUCCCAGAUCGCUAUGGCCGUGGCUCCCAGGAUAGUCGGAGGACCAACCAACCAAGUGGACAGCCGUCAGCUAGGAACCCCCCACCGAUGCGUACGGAGAACCGUCUCAUCGUGGAGAACCUGUCAUCUCGCGUCAGCUGGCAGGACCUGAAGGAUUUCAUGAGACAGGCUGGGGAAGUCACGUUUGCAGACGCCCACCGCCCCAAGCUCAACGAAGGAGUGGUUGAGUUCGCUUCUUACAGUGAUCUGAAAAACGCCCUUGAGAAGCUGUCUGGCAAGGAGAUCAAUGGAAGGAAGAUCAAGCUGAUUGAGGCAGCAAAGAAGAGGGGUUCAAGGAGUCGUUCCCGCUCUGAGAGCUCUUCUCGUUCCCGCUCCCGUUCUCGUAAUCGUUCCCCGUCCCGCUCCAGGACCCCCCGUCGUUCCAGGUCCCACUCCCCCAAAUCCCGCUCCCCCAAGAGGGACUACAACCGCUCUCAUUCUCGUUCCCACAGCGGCUCCCCAGCCCCCCGUGGUGCCGCUCCCGGCUCCCCACCCCCCAGGGCCAAAGAGACCUCUUCCUCCUCCUCUAAACGACCCUCCAAGCCCAGCAAGUCUGCCUCCCCCCACUCCCCUCCCCCUGCACAGCGUGCACCUUCCAGGUCUCCUUCCAGGUCUCGUGGCUCUCGCUCUCCGUCUACGGACAGCCGCCACUGAGUAUUGAGAACACCUAACGCAGGAGUAUACACAUUUUUAAAUGAACACACACCUAGUACAUAAAUACUCACAUUCAGACAAAUGUGAACACACACACUAACCCCACUGUUAUAGUAAGACAACGGGGCAGGAACUGUUUUACCCAGCGGUUCUUGCCUGGGGUCCCUCUAUUUUCCCUCAUUUUCCUCCCUCCAACCCGCUCUUCUCUUCUGACAUAGCUGACCUUUGACCUACUCUUGUAUGGUGGGUGUUCUCAAUAAAAGCAUGGCUCUCGCUGUGAACACAAUGAGGGCUUCGUUUUCAAUUUGAGCAUCAAGUCUAAAACCUUCUGGGGUUUUGUUUUGGUUAGUAUUUUUAUUUGUAAUAAUGGAUGUAAUUCUUGGUAAGGUAUUACAUUAUUUUUUUAUCAUUCAACGCUCGUGUGGUGACUCCCCCUCUACCGACUUUUGGUUGUCAGCUCUGAUAUCAUGAGCUGUUGAGAAUACAAGUCCCGUUCCAUGAUGGUUAUGAAUGUGAAUGGUUCGACCCAAAACCUUAGCCAUUCUGAUCUCAGUGUAGGGUUUGUGUAAAGUAACCUUGGGAUUUGAUUAGUUUUAUGCUGUGACUAUUUUAUUGAACGCCAUUUUUCUUUUUUGGGGGGUUAUCAGAUUGUGAUUUUGUUUUGUGGUGGCAGUAAAGGUGUUUUAUCCUCAGUUAAGACGCCUGGUGAAAACAUUGUGGCAGGCUGUGUUAUUAUUUAACCCGUUUUGUAUUGAACGUUUAAACAGUUGGUUAGGGUUAGAUGCACACCGCCAUUAACCCAUUUGUAUUGAAUGUUUAAAUGGAGUGGUUGUCUGUAUCUGUACUCUUUGUUUCUAUAAAGCAUUAUACACGUUUCCUUUCACAAUGUAUUGUAAUGAAGCGUCGACACAACCUAGAGAAUAGUUUGGAAAAUGACUAUUUUUAAUGUUAAAUUCAGUUUUUUUUUUUUUCUCCGUGUUCAAUAUGAGGGUUGUAUUUGUACUUAAUUGAAAAAGAACAAGAAACAGCAAACAACAAAUGAAAACAGUUUUAAAUAAAGCGUCCGAGACAUUUUGUAUGUCAGAACUUGAGAAUAAAGUUAAACUUCCACAAAGAGUUGUGCCACUGUUUGUAAGAUGUCCUUAGUAAUGGAUCUAGAUUCUCUUUUUUUUUAACGUUCAGUAUUAAAACGUCACUUAUUACAAUGUUUUCUAUAGCUUGUACACACUGACAUACUGCACUAGCUUGCCUUGAUCAUAAAUACACAUGUAGUACAGACAGUACGUAGGUUUAAUUACCAAUUUAAUUCCAGAAAUUCAUCAUACAGUAGUCAAUUGUCGCAAUCACUCCACCUUUUCAAAAUGGCAGCGGCCGUGCCUCACCGUCAAUGCAGACUCGGAUUGUAAAUGCAGUUACUGAGUGUUUUCAAGUCGACGGUACAUAUCUUAAUAGUUCAUGGUAAAUAAUCAGACUGAUGUGAUUGUUUCUGGAUGCUCAGAGAGAAAUACUGAUCAUUCAGAGCGUGAAUGCUGUAACGUUCUGUGACUAUUAGGGAUCCCUGUUAGUUCAUGCCGAUGCAGCAGCUACUCUGCCUGGGGUACAAAAACAUGAAGGCACUUACAUGAUAAAACAGUACAUCAUAGUUACAUUCUGCAUUGUACAUAUCUGGUGUAUAAUACCACCAUACAACAAUAUUACAAUGUUUGUGUGCAUAUGCAUGUGUCUGUACCUUUGUGUGUUGCUUCAGUCCCCGCUGUUCCAUAAGGUGUUUUUUAUCUGUGUUAAAUCUGAUUCUACUGCUUGCAUCAGUUACUUGAUGUGGAAUAGAGUUCCAUGUAGUCAUGGCUCUGUCGUACUGUGCACCUCCCAUAGUCUGUUCUGGACUUGGGGACUGUGAAGAGACCUCUGGUGGCAUGUCUUGUGGGGUAUGUAUGGGUGUCAGAGCUGUGUGCUAGUAGUUUAAACAGACAACUUCUAGCCUUGACUUUCAUUCUGAUACCAUAUCUACAGUCUUUCACCUUUUAAUGUGUAUAGUGUUACUUACUAGGUGUUGUCCAAUGAAUUUCUGUAACCACUCCCUCUUCAAAUCAGGGUUGAUUGGGAAAAGCUGUUCAAAAGAGGAUAAUGCAUAUCCAUGCAGCCAAAUUGUGUUAAGUUUUUAAUCUUUGUUUCCACUGAACAUGCAAUUCAAAUAAAGGCAUUUUAAUUAUA